AAUGACAACAACGUCCGGUGAAACAACAGAGAAGCGGAGGAAGUCAGUGGGAUGAAAUAACAUGAUUUGUUUUAAGGACAAAGAAUUACUGUAACAAAAAGGUUUGAUCAUGUCUCGUGUUCCUAUGGGAAAGGUGCUUCUCCGAAAUGUCAUCCGUCACACAGAUGCUCAUAAUAAGAUCCAGGAGGAGUCGGAGAUGUGGAAGAUGAGGGAGAAGGAGCGCCAGACGCUGGGUGAUCAUGCCAGAUGGCAUCGACGAAAGCUGGAUCAUGACCUGAGCAGGGGCCGCAUGCGCUGUGACGGCUUCGACGAGGAGGAGCUCCCCGGGGACGGGGGGGCGGCAACGGCGCAGAGCUCCGAGGGAGACGUCCGCGAGGCCCGCCACUGGACCAAGAAGCUGUACGAGUUCGAGGCCGGCGACCCCGACAGGUGGGGCCACAGUGGCUUUAAGGAGCUCUACCCCGAAGAGUUUGAGACAGACAGUGACCAGCAGUGCAGCGAUGGCGAGAACAUCCACCGCCGAGAGAAGGCGCCCAGGUCGGCGAGCCCCGAGUCGGGCCGACGCAAGCGCUCCAAGAAGACGCUGAAGAAGAAGACGAAGAAGAAGGCCAAAAAGAGGAAGAAGGAGGAGGAGCCGGGCAAGCGCAGGAAGAAGAGCAGCAAGGAGAAGCGGAGGAAGAGGAGGAAGGAGAAGGGCCCGGGCGGCAGGAAGGACUCGCACAGCAGCAGCAGCAGCAGCUCGGAGGACGAGGAGACGGGAGGGACCCCCCGCGGCCGCAGGAAGAGACCCCACGAGGCCCGGGCGGAGAGCGAGCACGAGGAGGAGCUGCGCAGGAAGAGGAGGAGGAGGAAUUGGAAGGUGGCGGACGAGGAGAAGUCGGAGGACAGCUCUGAGGACUGAGCAGCGGAGGGCCUCCGACACGCAGCCCCUUUCUUUCAGUCCAGAUCUCCUCUCGCUCUCUCCCCCUUGGAAGAGCUCCGUAAACGGAGGGGCUCUGCUGUCCCUGCCGCACAAUCAGGAAGAACAAAGUGCCGGGUGCAAGCACCACAGAGACCUUGUUUUUGUGAAACUUUUCAGCUCUGGAGUUUUUAAAAGGUGUGGGAAGAAAGGACAGGUGUAAACUCAGUGUGAUGGCCAGUGCUUGUGCUGUUUGGCACAGUGUCCAUUCAACUAGGCAGAAGCCAUUCAGGGAUUUUUUGUUUCAGCCCAGGUGUUCUCUGUCUGAGGCCUUGUCCUUGUCCGUGUCCUGGUUCUGGGCCCUGGUUCAGCUGGCAUGUGGCUCGCUGGUGCAGCUGCCUCUCACAAUAAUGACAGUGUUUUUGUACAGCCUUGCUAUCGGCACGUCUUUAUAAUUACUGUUGUUGUGUUGUUAUUUCCAAAGCCCCCUACUGUUUUCGGUGAGAGAAAUGUUUUUCUGGCGGUCGAGAUGUUGGAACGGCUGCCGAUGCGCGGACCCAAGCAGGAGCAUGUGUCACCUCUCUCACUUCACUUGGGGGGGUGCUGUGUACGUGUGCCCCAGCUUUCACAUCCCACCUGUGUGGGCAAUAAUGGGUUUGCCACUAAACAUGGUGAAUUUCUGUAGUGUCCUCUUGGAGCUUGUGGACAUGUCAGUUGGCAUGUAUAAAUGUAAAUGUAAAGUGGAGCCAAUUCCCAGGGGUCCCCCACUGCUUCCCAGCAGGCAGCAUCAUUUCAUUGCAGUCUUCCCAUAAUGCAUCCUGACAGGGCUCAAGACAAGUGCUUUAACUUUGUGUUGGCAUAGGUCUACAGGUGGCUUUGAUUUUUGUGUGUUUUGUAUUGCUGUCACCACUUUGUGAAAGUGUUUGACACGAUGUGCUCUCAUGCUGUUCGCUCAGGUGACAAGACCAUCAUGUUCCAGCUGUUCUCGGGGAUCCCUCCCCACCCCCACCUCACCUGUUGCCAUUCCGGAGUCCAGAGAGUCCUUUUCCUUUGGGCUGACACUGACAUGGCGUACAUGGAAAACUUGUACAUGGAAAACCCCCCGUAUGCAGAGUGCGAUUGACACGAGAGGACAGAGGGGUUCAGUCUGACCCAUGUCUGUGAAUAGUGACCUGCAGGAACCAUUAGUCAGGUGUUUCAGGUCCUCAACACUGUUUCAACCUGCCGGUCAGUGGUGUGUGUUGUGUGACUGUCCAUAUCUUCUUUUAAUUGAUUUCUAAUUACACAAUUUUGUCUAGAACAAUUGUCUGUAGUUUGGUGAAUGUUAUCGUCUGAAUCUUUUAACAAACUUUUGUAUAGCCUACAGCCCUAAUUCCCUUUUUGCCCUCUGUCUCUGGCUGUCUGUGUCACAGUCUUUAGCACCGAAGAGUUUUAUUUUCAUCUUUUGCCUUGUUCUGGCCUUUUGAGCGUCACAGGGUUUCACGCCGACAUUGCAGGCUCUGUACUGCUGCUCCCACCACAGACGCUCCUUGGUUUCUGCAAAAGAGAACUCAUUUUAAUCUGCUGAACAUUGUGUUGGACGAUGAGUGGGUUGACCUUUUCCAUGUUGACCUGCAGUUUCAACUCUGGCUGCAUGCUUAGUAGAGGUUGUCCAACUAGUCCAACUACUUUGCCAUUAAACUUCAACUGCGUUGUCCAUUCAUAGAGUAAGAGUACACCAGUAUCCAGGCUAAAUUCCAAUCACAGUGGCAUUAUGUGCAAUCUGUAUAUCCCUCACGAAUUGGUCGAUUUUUUAAUGAUAUGAGUGCUGUAACAAAAUGAGACUGAAUAUUUUACAAUGUCUUCAAAGCAAUUGUGGAGUUUAUGUUGCCACCUUUUUAUGGCUUUUCCCUGUAUCAUUCUGUUUUUGCAGCAGCUGCCCUGGGCAAUCUGUAAGCUUUCCUUCAUCUGGAGUUCGUGUUGUGUCUUAACGGUCUGGUGCUUUUAACCAACAGGCUGCACCUUCCUUCUGUCACAUGGUAAAUCAUGUUAAACUAAAAUCUCAGAGUCGGGCUGAUUGACCUCAGGGAACUACUGCAAAUCGCCCUUUUUCUGAGCAUGGGGCUCAUGACAUAUCUACUAUGUAUUUGAAAGAUCUUGAAUUUCUACAAUAUUUCUUAUUAUACAAAUCAGGAGCAAAGAUAACAACAAUAUUGCAAGAUUAAGUAAUUCUGCUGAUUUUAAAAAUAAUUCUGCAAAACAUUCUAUAAGAGGGCAGCAGGUUGAGACAAAAUGGCAGCUUUUGUGAACCACAUUCCUCAUACAUGGGUGGGGAGUGGCAUCCUGCCCUCAAUCCAGCUGCUGGAAGGCCAUUAGUCAGGUGACAUCUUAAAACCUAGGAAGCAGAGGUCUGUGUCAGUGAGAUGUACAGUCUGUACGACAGAAAGCAGAUUCUCAGUGUUGGACAGUGUUGGAGCAGGAGCAACUAACAACAGGAGAAAGAAAAGGAGUGAAUUGGAGUUAUUUUUUGGAUGUGCUUUUUGUGAAGAUUUUAACCUAGUAAGUAGCUUAACUGCCUAAGUUAGGGAAUGGAAAAAGUUUAGUUAGCAGCUGAAAAAGGAACUAGUUUUAUAUGUUUUGCUUAUCUCACACAUUGUAAAGGGCACUUACAGUAUGUCUGCUUUUUGUGUCUGUUUGCCCAGCUGUCCAGGAAAACGAUAACAAAGAUCCUUUUAAGAAAAAGGAAGAUAGACAGGCCCAGAAAUAUAGACACAAAUGACAAAUGUAAGGUAUACACCAAGUGCUCUUUACAAUGUGAGGGGAAACCAAUCUUUAAACCUAGUUCCUUGCUCAGUUAACUGAACUUCUUCCAGUCUCUAACAUACUGUAGCAGGCAGGUAGGCUGCUUCCAGCUUAAAGGCUCAGAAAGCACUUCCAAAAGUAAUUCCAAAAAUUCACACUGCUCCUCUGUGCUGUUGGCUGCUCCUGCUCCCUCUGGCGAUUGCCUAUCAUAGAGGAUCUGCUUUCUGUCAUUCAGACUGUACAUCUCACUCUGCUGGUUUUAAAACUGUCACCUGACGCAGCCGUCUUCCAGCAGCUGGGCAGGUGAUUUGAGGCAUCAGCUUCUUUUACUAAGCUUUUCCCUCGGCUUUCUGGGAAUGUGGUCCAGACGGGGGCUGCCAUUUUGUCUGAACCUGUUGCCCCCUUAGAACAUAAGAAAGGUAGGGCUGUUUCACGAAGCAAGUUCAACUAAUUCUCACAUUAUGCAGAUAGAACUUGCCCGAUAACUGAGUUCAGGUUAAGUCCGUUUCACAAAGGCAAACUCAGGUUCAAGUUAUCCAGUUACAGUAACUCAGGUUCAAACUAUCUGACUAACUGCACGUUCAUGCCACACUUUAGUAGGCAAGGAGGGCUGAGUAUCGAUUCCUUCAUCCACGCCAGCAACACCACUGGGAAACAAUGUGCGUCUUAAUCCAGUGACAAUACAUUUAGGGUCUUUUUGGAAAACUAUGAAGAUAAAAGCUGUUGUAAGUGCAGGGAGCUAUUCUGUAGCUGCUGCAAAAGCCAGGGAAGACACCUGGCAAAGUAUUGCUGAAUUGGAUGUUAAAGUCAAUUAUGAAAUCCAGUGAAAUAUGUGAAGAAAGAAAAAAAAAUUGAGUGAGCAUGAAUCUGUUGGGUGGGGAAUUACUUAAUUUACAUUAUUAUGGCCCUGAAGAGGAGCUCCUCUUUAAGAUAUUGUGUAGUUGUACAAUAUUGUUUUCAUGCAGCAGUAAUUUAUGGAUUUACAGUAGCUGGGCCACAAUAGGAGGACCUAGAAGCAGGUCAAGACAAAGUACCAGAAUAUCAUCCACAGUGGUUGAGUACGAUACAGUGUAGUACAAUCCUUUCAAUGAAAAUGUUCCCAACAAAAUUGUGAACAGAAUAAGACUGGAGGAGAAGAAAUCGUCAUCAACACAAUAAAGAAUGUUUUCUUUUCCCAACAUUUUUGAAGUGUGAAUUAAGUCCUUCAGAAACAUUUUGGCAGUGUGAAUCAAAUAGCAUAGUUGCAGCUCCCCUUUCAAGUUGCAGGAAGUCAUAAACCAGGUACAAAUAUCCCAAUUUUUUUGUUGUUGGGAGUUUUAUGUGUUUACUGUACUAUACUGUAAUGCUGUGUAUGCAUUAAAAAAACCCAUCCGUGUUUGGCUUUAAUGAGGAUGUCUGUGCAGUCCGGAGAACCUAUUACAUGAGGAAAUGCUGUAAGAAGUGUUUAGAUCAGGGUACGUAGCUACAGGGCACAGAAGCUACAUUUACAGUGAAUAGAAUUAAAUAUGAGAAUAUGAUGUUAUUCACUAAUGUAUGGCCAGGAGACAUUUUUAAUGCAUGCAAAACUAUUGUAUUGUACCAAAUGACUUAUUGAGUGACACAUUCAGUUCACCAAAGCACUCUGGGUUACCAACACAGUUAAAAAAAAACUUGUACAGUCACAAGGCAUCUCGGACCUCUGUAGAAUUUGAUUUUCUUUUAAACACUUAGCUUUGAUUUAGUAUUGACAUUGAAAGGGCUUAAGAGAUCAUGAAUAUAAAGUAUACUCUGCAGAAAUUGUAUAUUUUUCACAUUAGAACUUGCAAAGUUCUAAUGUGAACUGGAACCCUGAAGAAAGGCGCCAGUUUUUUGCAGAGGGGACUGAUUAUUCUGUGAGUCAAGCUCUUGUCCUCAAAGUCAGGUUAAUUUUGGUUCAAGUAGGUAGCUGCAUCAUCAUAUGUAGUCUGUAAAGGAACAAGUAAAGGUUUAUUCCAUGCCGAAAAGAGAAGAAAAGGAGCACAAUAUUUCGGCUGUGGAGCCUUUUUCGGGUUUGAAGGAAACUUCGAAGGUUCAUUUUAGUUUAUUAACCUGAUCCGGAGCAGGAUGAGAGUAGAGGAUGUGUUGCUAUAGUUACUUAACUGGAUACAAUUCAAUCCUGACUUUUUCCAAAUUUGCAAAAGUUAUCCGGUUGUCCAUGUAAUCUCACUCCAUGGAAACAGCCACCUAGCCCAUUUCGUCAUUGGUAUCUUAUUGAUCCAAGGAUCUCUUCCAGGCAUUUCUUGAAGGAAACUAAGGUAUCGGCUUCACACAGCUGGAUAACUUGUUCCACACUCCCAGAACCCUUUGUAUAAAGACCAUCUUCUCAGUUUUAAAUCCAUAGUUCUAACUUGAGUGCCAGAAUGAAUCUGUUUCCACCUUUGUGGACUGAUUACAGAGCAGCAAUAUAUUUUUUUGUAAUGUGGUGACCAAAUUUGUACACAAUAUUUAAAAUCAAGGGCUAUGUAUUGCAUUGUACAAUUUUAAUGUAACAUCCCUUGAUUUGAAUUCUAUGCUUUUGACUUUAUAUCCUGACAUCCUUUUUAUUGCUUCCACACAUUCCACACGUCCAGCCUCAGUCUCAGUGUUGUCGACAUUAAAGUUUCAGCUGCCAGGUGUUUGCCCAGUCUUGAGCUUUAUCAAAAUUGAUAUUUAUCUAUUUUUUUAUUAACACUCUUCUACGGUAUUUCCUCCUACUUUGGGAUCAUCUGGAAGUUUGGGAAACUAGUUUACUAAUUGUAACAGAAUCUAGAUCAUUAAUGUAAAUUAGAAACAGCAGUGGUCCAAGUACAGAAAAGUUUUAUACGGCACCCACUUACAUCAACCCAAUUUAAACAUUAAUCCUUGAUUUUGACUCUCUUUUCUAUCAACAAAUUUUCAGUCGAAAUGACUGACAAUCUUUUAGAGGGAACUUAAUCAAAGUUCUGAAAUUCCAAAUAUACCACAUUGUAUGCUCUAUGUGUGUCAAUUACUGUUUUUGCUUGUUCUAAUACAAGUUGGCUGAGCAAGAACUACUGUUUCUUAAUCUGUGUUGAGUAUGGAAUGUUAUUUCCAUGUAAUAAAUUGACUAGUUGUUUUAUCAAAUUUCUCUGAUCACUUUUGAAGGGCAAUGGUGGUUUUCUCAGAAAGAAUCUGAAUGUAUAGGUGUGUAUAUAUAUACACACACCUAUAUGGAAGAGUGUCUGUGUAUUGCAAUGUUAAAGUGCAGGGAACACAUGCAGCAAUUAUCAAAAAGAAACUGCUGUGUGGAAAAACCUACUGCUUAAACGUUUGCAAAAAAGCCUGAUUGGGAUUGGUACCUUGACAAUUUUAAUUUAUUCUUUUAUAGUUCAAUUAUUGAAAGUAUAAUUUAUCAUUUGGUCGGAUUUCCUCUUUUUA